AUGUUGGUUAGAAUAUGGAGGUUUGUAUUGAGAGUGAUUGGCUUAUCCUUUUUACUUUGGCUAAUUUUAUCCACUACUAUACCUCAAAUUAUAGCUAAAUAUAGUCAUUCCAAUGAGUCUGAGAAUCUAGCUUGUCCUUAUAAUUCGAUAACAUCACCUUCACCUUUACCAAUACAUAAUGCUAAUGUAUACUUUAUAAUUGGACAUCCUGAUGAUGAGGUGAUGUUUUUUUCGCCAACGUUAAUCGAGUUAAACAAAAAGGAGUAUAAUAAUAGAGUAAAGUUAAUAUGCUUUUCCAAUGGUGAUGCAGUUCAUGAAUCUAUGGGCCGUGUGCGAACAGAGGAAUUGUAUAAGUCAGGAGGCAUAUUGGGUCUUAAAGAGAACGAUAUAAAGGUAAUUGAUAGCUUUAAAGAUGGUAUGGACGAAAAAUGGGAUGUAGAUGACAUUCAGAGGACAUUAGAAGAAACGGUUGGCAAGAAAUCUAAGGAAACAUUGGUAUUAAUUACAUUUGAUGAAGAUGGUGUAUCGAAACAUCCAAACCACAUUUCUCUUUAUUAUGGCACUAAAAAGUUUUUUCAAACGUAUUACAAUAAUCCUGAACGCAAUGGUAAAUUAUAUGUUUUAAAAAGUUUAAAUUUUUUGGAGAAGUAUUCAUUUAACAUAUUGACAAACGUGGAAUUAUUCGUGGAUCACUUAUCUAAAUUGUUAAUAAGUAAUAUUUUGAAGAUUAAGGUGAAUGUCAGUUUUUUUAACAAUAAAACUAAUAAUCAGUCUAUUAAGAUAUACUCUGAUUUGAACAUGCUUAGUGUUAGUUAUGCAGCUAUGUCAUAUGGCCAUUAUUCUCAAAUGGUCUGGUUUAGAUAUGGAUGGUUAAUAUUGAGUAGGUACUUAACUUUUAAUCAUUUAAUCGAGAUUAAUUAA